GUAAAUAGGUCCGUAGCUUCAUUUUCUGGGUCAUAACGUUGGAUUGAGCCAGCUUUCCAGAACCUGACCACUGUAACAGGAGAUUAAUUUGAUGCCAAAUAGGAGUACAGCUGUCACGACAGCAAAUUAGGGAGAAAAAUGCACUCUUUUAUGGGACUGCUGAGUCGCCGCAGCAGAUGAAGCUCAUGGAAAGAUAUAUGAGUGCCCAGUUUUGCCAGUUGGUUGCGACUUGCGAGCUCACCCCACGAUGAUGCCCGGGGUGUACGCACAUGAUAUUGCACUGCGGCCCAUGCGUACCUGAUUACUUAAAAAAUCUCUUGAAAUUGGUCACUUCAACAUGUGAAAAUUGGUUGCUAAUAGCACGGGGAGUCCAUACGUGUUGCCAAUAGAUGACCAGCAGCUUUCGUCUGCAGACUGAAUUUUCGUUGCCUCCCGUUUUCUUUUUCUUAUAAUUAUUUUCUCAUUCCGCUGGGGUUGAGCGGAAAUAAUUCCUCUUACUUGGCAUAUGAAGUCAUAACCUAUCGGCGGUACCUGCAUGGCUGUAAAGCUUGGUACACCCUAUAAAAGCUUACACGAGGAUUUAUAUUGCUCCUCUCCUGUUGCUCUCAUCAUGACAGUCCUCUCGCCUUCCGAAAUUUCCUCUCUCUCCCUUUCCAAUCCAUUGGCUUUGGUUCUUCUAGUUGAAAGCCAUCACACAAGGCAUCGGAUAACAUAGAGCUCGACCAAAAUAUAAAAAAAGGAUCUUUUUCUUCAGGAGGUGUGGUGGGAUUGGCCGAUUUCUGAGGAUACUGAAGUUUUCUGAGCAAAGCUGUGAACGAAGAUUGAAUUAAAUUGUGAGCGUAUGCCUGGAAACAAGUACAACAGUAACUCUGUCCAUGUUCCUGGUCGUGUAGAACGGCUCUUAAGAGAAAGAGAGCUCAGAAAAAGCAGCAGGGCUUCCCAUUCAAAUGAGACAACUGACAUUAGUAGAGUGGCUGAGCUAGAACAUGAGCUGCGCUUUAGAGAAGGAGAAAACUCGGGGAUUUCUUAUGUUGAACAGUCUUCGGAAGGGGCUAUCGCCCCCAGGCCACUCACCGAGGGUUGUGAAAGGCAAGAUGGGAGGCCUUUCAGACAGAGACUCUUGGUGGUGGCUAACAGGUUGCCUGUCUCUGCAGUCAGAAGAGGUGAAGAUGCAUGGUCUCUUGAGAUGAGUGGUGGGGGGCUAGUUACUGCUCUUCUGGGUGUGAAGGGGUUCGAGGCAAGAUGGAUAGGAUGGGCUGGUGUUAAUGUGCCUGAUGAGAUUGGACAGAGGGCUCUUACCGAUGCUUUGGCUCAAAAAAAGUGUAUUCCUGUGUUCCUUGAUGAGGAGAUUGUUCAUCAAUACUACAAUGGCUAUUGCAACAAUAUAUUAUGGCCUCUUUUUCAUUAUCUUGCACUUCCACAAGAAGAUCGCCUAGCAACUACAAGAAGUUUUCAGUCUCAGUUUGCUGCAUACAGGAAAGCAAAUCAAAUGUUUGCUGAUGUUGUAAAUAAGCAUUACGAAGAUGGUGAUGUAGUCUGGUGCCAUGAUUACCACCUUAUGUUUCUGCCGAAAUGCCUGAAGGAAUAUAACAGCAACAUGAAAGUUGGGUGGUUCCUCCAUACACCAUUUCCUUCCUCUGAAAUUCACAGGACUCUGCCAUCACGGUCCGAGCUUCUACGUUCUGUUCUUGCUGCUGAUUUAGUUGGUUUCCACACCUAUGACUAUGCAAGGCACUUUGUGAGCGCUUGUACUCGUAUUCUUGGGCUUGAGGGUACACCAGAAGGAGUUGAGGAUCAAGGGAGGCUGACGAGAGUAGCUGCAUUUCCUAUUGGCAUAGAUGCUGUUCGUUUCAUCGGAGCACUUGACACUCCACCAGUUCAGGAACACAUGAAAGAACUAAAAGAGAGAUUUGCUGGUCGUAAGGUGAUGUUAGGUGUUGACCGAUUGGAUAUGAUCAAGGGGAUUCCUCAAAAGAUACUGGCAUUUGAGAAAUUUCUUGAAGAGAACUCAGAUUGGCAUGACAAAGUUGUUUUGCUGCAAAUUGCUGUACCAACAAGAACAGAUGUUCCUGAAUAUCAAAAACUUACAAGCCAAGUCCAUGAAAUUGUUGGACGCAUUAAUGGAAGAUUUGGAACAUUGACGGCUGUCCCUAUACAUCACCUGGAUCGUUCUCUUGACUUCCAUAAGCUAUGUGCCCUUUACGCAGUUACUGAUAUUGCACUUGUCACUUCAUUGAGGGAUGGCAUGAAUCUUGUCAGUUACGAGUUUGUUGCAUGUCAAGAUGCGAAGAAAGGGGUUCUAAUUCUUAGUGAGUUUGCAGGUGCGGCACAGUCCCUAGGUGCUGGUGCAAUUCUAGUGAACCCUUGGAACAUCACAGAGGUUGCUGCUUCUAUAGCCCAAGCUUUAAAUAUGCCUGCCGAAGAGAGGGAAAAGCGUCAUCGACAUAAUUUUGCACAUGUAACAACCCAUACGGCGCAAGAAUGGGCCGAAACAUUCGUAAGCGAACUAAAUGAUACUGUUGUUGAGGCCCAGCUAAGGACAAGACAAGUACCACCUUUUCUUCCAUUCCAAGAUGCCAUUGACCGAUAUCUGAAAUCCAAUAAUCGCUUACUCAUUCUGGGGUUCAACGCAACAUUGACUGAACCAGUGGACACUCCAGGGAGAAGGGGUGAUCAGAUUAAAGAAAUGGAUCUCAAAUUGCACCCCGAUCUGAAAGAGCCCUUGACGGCACUCUGCAGUGACUUGAGGACAACGGUGGUUGUCCUCAGUGGGAGUGACAGAAGUGUCUUAGAUGAUAACUUUGCAGAGUAUAACAUGUGGUUGGCAGCUGAGAACGGGAUGUUUUUACGUCUUACAAAGGGAGAUUGGAUGACAACAAUGCCAGAGCAUUUAAACAUGGAAUGGGUUGACAGCGUAAAGCAUGUCUUUGAGUAUUUCACAGAAAGGACUCCUCGUUCACAUUUUGAACUCCGAGAAACCUCGCUUGUAUGGAACUACAAAUAUGCAGAUGUUGAAUUUGGAAGACUCCAAGCAAGAGAUAUGUUGCAACAUCUUUGGACAGGUCCAAUAUCUAAUGCAUCUGUUGAUGUUGUCCAAGGUAGCCGGUCAGUCGAGGUGCGAGCAGUUGGUGUAACAAAAGGUGCAGCAAUUGACCGUAUAUUGGGUGAGAUUGUACACAGUAAAUCCAUGACAACACCAAUUGACUAUGUUCUUUGCAUAGGUCAUUUCCUGGGAAAGGAUGAAGAUGUCUACACAUUUUUCGAGCCAGAGCUUCCUUCUGAUGCUCUAGGGAUUGCCAGAACCAAGGCUACUGAUGGAGUGAAGUCUCCAGGGGAGAAACGAUCUUCCUUGAAGCUUCCAGCUAGUAAAAGUGGGUCAAAAGCAUCUGCGAUGAAGACACAACGACCUUUACCGAACCCUGACAAAAGAAAUAACAACCAUGCCAGUGGUAGUGGGAGGAGGUCUUCGCCAGAUAAAAUAUCCUGGAACGUGCUCGAUCUCAAGGGGGAGAACUAUUUCUCAUGCGCUGUCGGCCGGCCCCGUACAAAUGCUCGCUACCUGGUUGGAUCCUCCGACGAUGUCGUCUUGUUUCUCAAGGAACUGGCGCAUGCAUCAUUUCCUGGCCUUGCAUAGGAAUAAUAUGCUCAUUUCCGGGGGGGAUAGGUGGCACUGCAAGCUCGAGGUUCUGCCUUCCCAUUAUGAAUAUCAGCCUCUCUACAAUACUAAUUUGUCCGUGUACCUCCCUUGUUCGUGGGCUGUCUCAUACCUUAGUUGAGUGCCAGAUCAUCAAUAUGGCUGUUUGAUCCGGCAGUUUUAGACUCUUGCCUGAGAGUAUCUACAAGGUUAUGAACCGGAAAUUUUCAUUGAUCUUACAAUUGAGAAAAUCAAUCUAUCAAAAAUGGUAAUAAACACGGCCUUUUUGUUCCCU